AUGAUAUCAUCAUAUAUUUCUACAAACUACAAUUACCGCAUCUCCAGGGGACCCUCUUCCAUUAAUGUGUUGACAGGAAAGCCAUAUGGCACAACGUUCCCCAUCAUCGGGGUGGUAGACAUGGUCAAUGCCAUUUUCAUGCUGCUCGACCACCUGGGCAUUGAUAAGCUUUACGGUUCCGUUGGGUCAUCUCUUGGAGGAAUGCUGUCUGUGCAGUCUGCUGUCUCCUAUCCUGAAAGAGUUGGCAGACUAAUCACCAUCUCCUCGUGCGCCCAGUCACACCCAUCCUCCAUCGCCAUGCGUUACCUACAGCGUAAAUGCAUCAUGUGCGACCCCAACUGGAACAAGGGCCACUACUAUGAUGGACCUUACCCGAAAGUUGGGAUGAAACUGGCUCGGUGA